GACCUGCCUCCUUCCGCUUUUAUCUCUGUUUUGCGACGUUUCUAUGAGACCACCGAGUAUCGGAAAGCUUGCUGAUAAAAGCGAGUCUUGCUCCGGCGCGACAGCCGCGUGUUUUUGUGCGAAGAAGACGUACCGCCAUGCCGGAUCGCGGACGAGUGCACCGUUUUCGCGACCACGCCGUCGCAGGCGUCAACUGGCGAGCGACCCGCUUUGUGGACGAAGUGCCCAGUUCGCGAGUGUGUGCCCUCUGUCGCAUGAUCCCAAAGAGGACUGUGCUGUUGCCGUGCUCGCACGCUCUGUGCGAAUCCUGCCACGCAGCCAGCUCUCGAGAUGCCGAUGGGCGGUGUCCGUUAGAUCAAGAGCCGUUCGAGGCAUCGCAGUGCUCCGCUUACGACCUCUUCCCCAGGAAUGCGAGCGCAUUCAAGGUUCACUGCUGGAACGAAUCACACGGUUGCCAGUUUCAGGGCACUGUGCGAGAUACGCUGGAACACUACGAGAACGCAUGCACAUUCCAUUCAGUGGAAUGUUUGCGAUGCGGCGAGGGGGUCCUGCACAGGGACCUGCCAGCGCACUACGUUGCCGGAUGCGGUGCCGGUGUUUCUUCGACACGCUCAGAGAACAUGUCCGCGGAGUCUACAGCGCUGACGCUACAAGACGUCAACUCUUCUCUGGAAGAGCUGAAGGCGCUGUUGAGGGACCCGAGCCAUGACCAGCUUCUGCCCGUGGUUCAGAGCCAAAUGAAUGAGCUGACGGAACAGGUCAGGAACCAAGAGUCUAGGUUAGCUGAUGUCAUCCGCGAUGUCGGAGCAUCAGUAAUGGCGGAGAUGGCUCGUGGCGCGGCCAGUAUUUCGUGCACCUUGUCGCCGGAGCUCACUUCUUUGCGAGAUUUGGUGGCCGACGAAGCCGACGCCUCGGCGCCUCUUCCGUUGGGCUCAGAGAAGAUGCUGAUACUUCGAAAGUUGGAACAAUUCGCGAACAUGUCACUGGGUGGCCCGGAACACUCACUGCCAACUUCGGAGCAGUGUCCGCGCCGAGUAGCUGUUCGUUGCACUUCGAGGAGCGUCGACGUUCGCAAUCUGACCAGUUCCUUGCCUUCCAUACUAGCGUGGACCCAGGCCUACGCCAACGUGAAUUACGUACUGAGCGUCGAAAACUGCGACGAAAUCAUUGCGUGUCCGGAAAGGUCGAAAAAGUUUGCUGAGAUUGUUUUGUUGCACAUGAGGGACACAUACUUUACGGUCGCCAUCUGGAAGAGCUACGUCGGGCACGCUCAUCGUAUCAGGGUGGAGAUUGCGUUUUACGGGUUGCUAGCUGGCUCCCAUUGUUUGCCGCCCCAUUUCCGCUUCAUGGCAUUGAACAAGAAACAAUGGAGGGUUCGUGAACUCCCUUCCAUUGACAGUUCUUGCGAGUGUAUGCACAACGGAGGGUCGUGGGCACACUUUCACCGUGCGUUCUGGACAGAAUCCGAUUCUCUUCAGGCGGGCGGUUUUCUUCAAGACGGGCACAUGGAGUUGAGACUCGAGUUCUCGCAUGCAGAAAACCCACCGGCGGGAGCUUCUAAUGCUCGACGUAGCUGAGAGCGCAGUACGCCGGUAUACCCUCCUUUCCAGA